AUGGGCUUGCCACAUGUUCUUGCCUUGCCUUUCCCUGCUCAAGGCCAUGUCAUUCCCCUCAUGGAGCUCUGCUACUGCUUGGUGGAUCAUGGCUUCAAGGUCACCUUCGUCAACACUGAAUUCAACCACAAGCGCGUCAUCGCCGUGUUGUCGGCAGAGAGCACCGUGCGCCAGCUCGCUCUGGUCUCGGUUCCUGAUGGAUUAGGGGAGGAGGAUGAUCCGCACGAUCUGGUGAGGCAAACGGAAGCACUCCAGAACACCAUGCCUCGGUGCUUAGAGGAACUAAUCGAGAAGAGCAACGAGACGGGGGAGCCGAUGACUUGCAUGUUGGUGGACGAGGGCAUGGGAUGGGCUCUCGAGGUUGGCCGGAAGAAGGGUCUCAGAUCUGCCGCGUUCUGGCCGGCGGCUGCCCAGAUGCUGGCCGCGAUCCUGAGCAUAACAGAGUUGAUUUCAAGAGGCGUCCUUGAUGCAGAUGACUCGGCCGACGUUUGUCCGGAUGACUUCAAAGACCGCGUGGGAAACAGAGGGAUGAUGGUGGCUUGGGCGCCGCAGCAGAAGGUGCUGGCCCACCCUUUUGUCGGUUGCUUUGUGUCUCACUGCGGCUGGAACUCCACCAUGGAAGGCGUCAGGAACGGGAAGCUCUUCCUUUGCUGGCCAUACUUCGCAAACCAGUUUCUGAACCAGAGCUACAUUUGCGACCAUUGGAAGGUGGGUCUGAGCUUGACGCCUGACGAGAGCGGGAUCGUCAAGCGUGAACAGCUCAAAUCCAAGGUGGAAGCGCUGCUGGGGGAUGCGGAGAUGAGUGCAAGAGCGUCGUCGUUGAAGGAGAAAGCUCAAAGCAAUACUGACCAAGGAGGGACUUCAUUCCACAGUCUCAAGAGGUUCAUCGACACUAUCAAGGCGGCGAAUCCUUAA